GCCAAAAGGGUGACCUCGGUUUACUUCUACUAAGAAGGAUUGGAGGAGAUAACAAGGAGCAGAAGAGCGAAACAUGAUGAGAAAUUAUAUAGCUCUCACAUUAUGUAUAUACCUCAUCAUUCCUACUGGUGAUGCCCUGAAGUGCUAUUCCUGCAGUGACGUCUGCCCUUCGCUGUCAGAGGUAAACUGCAGCAAGGAUGAAACCUGUUACAGCAUUAAGACUCAUUUCGGUGAGAGGCUAGCGAGGUUUAAAGGCUGCCUGUCCAAGGAGAAGUGUAACACCACAGUCGGGUCAGCAGUCAGACAAUGCUGUGAUACGGAUCUGUGUAACACUGGAACAGUUCCUGGUGUCUUCUCCAUGGUCUCCAUUUGGCUGGGGUUUCUGAUCAGCUUGCGCCUCUACUGUUUCUGAUCCACAUUAAAGGGGUUCUCCGGGAAUUAAGAAAAUGAAAAUACUUAAAUAUUACUUUAUUAUAAAUAUAUUCUCAAAUACCUUUCAUUAGUUAUAAUGGCUCGUUUUUU